GGAGGAGGAAGAGGAAGAGGGUCGGGGCCGCGGCCACGGCCGCGGAGACCCCGAGGUCCCGCAGAGCCGCCCGCGCCUGUUUGCCGUGCUGCCGCCCUGAGGCCGCGCGUUCGGCCCGCUCGGCCCGGCCCCGGUGGUUUGUGGUUAGUGGGCGUCCCCGUCUCCCACUCCCACUCUGCUUCCUUGCUUGCCACCUUGGCGACCUCCGACUUCUCGCUCCUUCCGUUCGGAUCCAUUGGCUGGUUUUCUUUAAAUUGACUCACUUAAAAUAAAUAAAAAAGAAAAGCACUGCGCGAGCUGCGUUAACAUCGCCCUCAGUAGUGCCUGCGAAAUCUUGGGUUUGAUGUUUCCCCCCAAUAAGCUUGAAGUACUUCAGUGCUACAAAUCCAAAAGUUAAAUUGUGUGACUUGUGCAACCUACGAGUCGGAGCACAGCACUAUUCUAUUCCGUAAGUCGUGGGGAUCUGCUUUUGACCCCCGCUGGGCUGGGGCAGGGUGGCAGUUUAGGUCAUCAGCGUUUCCUGAGUACCAGCUGUGUGCUAGGCACUGUGCUAGGCACUUGCGAAGAGCCCAGAAUGAAAAUACCCCAUGUUUCCCCAUCACUCCAGGAGUCUGGGCGGAGACUGGACUACACCGUGGGAGGAUCUGCAGCGGUGCUGCUGGAACAGACAUAUUUCUAGUUGUAUGAGGUGGCCCGGACACUAUUCCCGCGCCCCCUACCCAUACUUGAGUAGCAGGCAUUUCUCACUGAAGUGGAGACCACCUUGUUUGUUUGCGUCUAGAACUCAGUUUCCAUACUGUAACUGGAGAUCCGGCCACCUGAACCAGACAUCCUUGCUUCACCUGUCUAGUUACAGCAUGAACUCAGAGGGAGAUGAGCCUUCGUCAAAGCGAAGAAAACACCGAGGCACGAUAGAAAGGAAUUGGGAAUAUGUAUGUAACCAUAAUAAAGAAAAUGCCAAGAUCCUGGGAGACAAAAAUGUCGAUCCCAAAUGUGAAGACAGUGAGAACAACUUUGACUUUUCAGUGAUGUCUUAUAAUAUACUUUCACAAGAUUUAUUGGAAGAUAAUUCACACCUUUACAGACACUGCCGACGGCCAGUAUUACACUGGAGUUUCAGGUUUCCCAAUAUUCUGAAAGAAAUUAAGCACUUUGAUGCAGAUGUACUUUGUCUCCAAGAAGUUCAAGAAGAUCAUUAUGGAGCAGAAAUCAGGCCAAGUCUGGAAUCAUUGGGUUAUCACUGUGAAUAUAAGAUGCGCACAGGAAGGAAACCUGAUGGCUGCGCCAUUUGCUUCAAACAUUCCAAGUUUUCACUCUUAUCAGUGAACCCAGUGGAAUUCUACCGCCGUGAUAUCCCUCUCUUGGACAGAGACAAUAUUGGAUUAGUUUUACUCUUGCAGCCCAAGAUCCCCUGUGCUGCCUCUCCUACAAUCUGUGUAGCUAAUACACAUCUGUUGUACAAUCCAAGGCGAGGUGAUAUUAAGCUAACCCAGUUGGCAAUGCUGCUGGCAGAGAUUUCCAGUGUUGCUCACCAGAAAGAUGGCAGUUUCUGUCCCAUUGUUAUGUGCGGUGACUUUAACUCUGUUCCUGGUUCUCCACUUUAUAGUUUCAUAAAAGAAGGAAGGCUGAAUUAUGAAGGACUUGCUAUAGGAAAGGUAUCUGGCCAAGAACAGUCUUCACGGGGACAAAGAAUUUUAUCUAUUCCAAUUUGGCCCCCAAACCUAGGUAUCUCACAGAACUGUGUGUAUGAGGUACAGCAGGUACCAAAGGUAGAGAAGUCAGACGGUGACUUGACACAAACACAGCUGGAGAAAACAGAAGUCGUAGUAACAGCUGAAAAAUUAUCUUCAAAUUUACAGCACCAUUUCAGCUUGUCCUCUGUUUAUUCACACUACUUUCCUGACACUGGAAUUCCAGAAGUGACCACCUGCCAUUCCCGAAGUGCCAUAACUGUGGAUUAUAUUUUUUACUCGGCAGAAAAGGAAGGCGUUGCUGAGCACCCAGGAGCUGAAGUUGCUUUGGUUGGUGGCUUGAAACUUCUAGCUAGAUUGUCACUUCUUACAGAGCAAGACCUGCAGACUGUUAACGGGCUUCCAAAUGAAAAUAACUCUUCGGAUCAUCUGCCUUUAUUGGCUAAGUUCAGACUUGAGCUCUGACUCUUCUUUGAUUAUGUACAUAAUUUUCUUCCAACUUAAUGUUCUUUUUCAACACACGUAAGUUGUUGAGUGUUUGCGUGUUAUUUUUGUGCUGUGGAGUAACAGAUACCAGAAGAAACAAGUUUACAAUAAUUUUCUUUUUUAAUAAUGAUAAAUAUUUUCCUGACAAGAUCUAAAUACUUUAUUGUAAAAGAGAUAUAAAUAUUUUUUAUUUUAAUCCUAGUAAAAUUGACAUUGGAUUUUAAAUGUAGCGUAUCUUCUUUAGGCUGCUUAGUGAAGAAUUUCACUUUGUGUUUUUGGCAACCUUUACAGUGGAUCCAGACUAUCUAUAUGGGUUCUUGAAAACCACAAGUUGGUUCCUUUCCAAGAGGCCUGGUUUCUUUGGGAAAGCCCUGUUUGUUGAGUCCUUAUUAGUUCACCUAAAAAAAUCACUGGGUCUUUCACCAGCGUCCAUUUUAGUUUUUGAAGGGGCUUGAUAAUGCUUUUUAAAUUAUUCAGAAUGCUCACUCCAUCUUAUCACUGGUCUGAACCAUGGAGCAUGGUGCAGUGUGUUGAGAAAAUGUUUGGGAUAUGUGGGCUGCUCUGUCUAGUAAGAGGAUAAAUCCUUUACAUAAGCCCAUUCUUCCUUUGGAUGGAUGGCCUCAAAGAAGCAGAGACUCUGGGGUUGUGGCUGUUUCUCUAGCACCUUUUUCCCCCUUUUUCUAGUCUCAAGAAUAAAUCACUGGGUUAGGGGAGACAUUUAUUUUACUGAACCAAUUCUGUAGAAAUUUAUUUUCUUAAAACUGUCGUUGAGACAAAGUGGCAGCUAUGCGAUUAUUUUUAGUAUGCCUCAGAACGUGAGGAAAUUGUGAAACUAAUGGGGAGAUACUAACCUGCAGUCCUCGUACUCUUUCAGUAGUCAUUUUAGCUCUCAAAGGACUCUUCCUUUGCUUCUCAGAUGGUUUCACAGUGACACAGCAGCGCAAGGUGGUGCUAACAGGUUUAAUAAAGCCUGCAGUUGAUUCUAGAUAAGUGUUGGAAUAAAAAUUUUUGAAACAAAGUAAGUGCAAAUGUCUUUUUUUUUUUUUUUUGGUACCGGGGAUCGAACUUAGGACCUUGUGCUUGUGAGGCAGGUGGUGGAACCACUGAGCUAAAUCCCUGGCCCCUGCAAAUGUCUUUUUUUUUUAAACGGGAGGGCUCAAAGAGUUACAGGCAUUUUUACUAGGUAGUCAUUUUGCACUUAAUUGCAAACAUUUUUAUAGGGAAUUUUAUUAAUAAAAUGUUCUAUCUUAAAUUGGAAGAUAAUAAGUCUUGAACUUUAAAAUUUUUGUAUCAAAUCGCUUACUACAAUUAUUUUUAAAAGAUCACAUGAAAGCCCAAAAGAAGCAUGUGAGUUAUAAAGAUUUGUCUAGUAAGAAUUGUAAUAAGCAAGUACUUUUAAAUGUUUGAUUUCUUUUUUUGGUUUUUAUCUACAGUAUUAAAUACAGAUAGUUCCCAGAUUUUUCAGUUUGCAGAAUAUCAUAUGUCCUGACUAGUAGAUGGAGUAGUCAUCAAUUUGUAAUGAUAGUAUAAAAUCCCUUUUUAGUAUUGGGGAAAGAGAAAUGAAAAUUCAUUUAUUAAUUACCUCUGAAUUGAAUGAAUUUAUUAGCAAAUAACUAUUAUAUGUAAGUCAUUGUUAGCAAACUUAACAUCCCUGAAAACCUCUGAGAAAAUUUAGUUUUUUUACACUUGGUCUUAGCCAAAAGGCCAAGAAGCGAUUUUUUAGUUUUUAGUUUUUUGUACCAGGGAUCAGACUCGGGUCCUCGCACAUGUGUAGCAGGUGGCGAAACCACUGAGCUAAAUCCCCAGCCCAGUUUUUUUACACCUAAUGAAUUUAUUGUGAAUUUAGGCCCAUUUCCUGUGCUUCACUUUGAUAAGAUUAAUCCAUAAGAUUGCUUUCUACUUUAGCUUAUCAAGUGCAGUGUUAUUGUGGUCCAGAACCCAACAGACCAGUGUAACCAUCUCACAGAUUUCUAAAGCUCCACUAAAAGUGAUUAUUUAAAUUGUCUAUUUAUCUUUACUUUUUUUGACCAGAAGAGUUGGUAACUUUGCUGGAGCCUCGUAUUUACCUGCCAAAACCAAAUCUGAUUAAUUCCAGAAACCAAAUCUGUCACAGUCUCACAUGUUUUAUAAUCCAAGCUUUAAAUGCAAAGAGAAAUUGUAAAAACAUUUUGAUUUUGGGCAGGGGAUUUAGCUCAGUGGUGCCACCGCAUGCCUCGCAAGUGCAAGGUCCCGAGUCCAAUCCCUGGUCCAAAAAAAAAAUCAUUUUGAUUUUACUAUGCCUUUGGAUAUUAAGAUAAUAUGAGUGUUUGAAAUCUUUUUUUUUUUUUUUUUUUUUUUUGGAACUUAGCAACUAUCUGCUUUUCACCCUUUGUUUUUCUAGCAAAACAAAGACCCACGGAGUUCAAGGGCUUGGGGAAACAGGAGCAUCAAGUCACUUGCACUUUGUACCUGUAAAUUAUGUAAUAAAUUAUUGUACUCAGA